CUAAGGAAGACGUGGAGCUCUAGAAGGGCCAGGGCGUGCUGGGGUGCGUGUGAUCUGUGAGCAGCCAUGGAAGAAACCUACCUGCUGAAUGUGGAAGGGGUCAAAAAGAAGAUUCUGCAUGGAGGCCGAGGGGAGCUGCCGAAGCUGCAGGAUGGGAGCAAGUUCACCUUCCACUUCCAGACGCUGAAGGAUGACUUUGAGCGGACGGUGAUCGAUGACAGCCGGGAAGCUGGCAUGCCCAUGGAGAUCAUCGUGGGCAAGAUGUUCAAGCUGGAGAUCUGGGAGACACUGCUCAGCUCCAUGAGGAUUGGGGAGGUGGCAGAGUUCUGGUGCGACGCCAUUCACACAGGCAUGUAUGCCCUGGUCUCCAGGGGCAUGCGGAGGAUCGCGGAGGGACGGGACCCCCUGGAAGGCCAGAAGCACCGCUGUGGCAUGGGCAACAUGUUUGACUACCACAGCACGGGCUACGAUGACCUGGACGAGCUGCAGCGGACGCCGCAGCCUCUCAUCUUCAUCAUGGAGCUGUUCCGGGUGGAGGAUCCCUCAGCGUACAAACGUGACACCUGGGCCAUGAGCAAGGAGGAGAAGCUGGCAGCAGUGCCCGUGCUGCACAGCGAGGGCAACCGCCUCGUCCUGCGCAGGGAGUUCGCACAGGCGGCCGCCAAGUACCAGGAGGCUGUCAUCUGCCUCAGGAACCUCCAGGCCAAGGAGAAGCCAUGGGAGGAUGACUGGCUGAAGCUGGAGAGCCUGGUCACGCCGCUGGUGCUCAACUACUGCCAGUGCCAGCUGGAGCUCGGCGAGUACUACGAGGUGCUGGAGCACACCACGGAGCUUCUCCAGAAGCACAACGACAAUGCCAAGGCCUAUUUCAAGCGGGCAAAGGCCCACGCUGCUGUCUGGAACGAGAGGGAGGCACGGGAGGACUUCCAGCGCGUGGCUCACCUCGACCCCUCCAUGGCGGCCGCGGUGAAGAAGGAGCUGAAGCAGCUGGGGGAGAGGAUGAGGAAGAAGCACGUGGAGGAUCGGAAACGCUACCAGGGCCUCUUCCAGUCGUCCCAGGGUCUGAAGGGCUGUGAGGGGCGGGAGAGCAGGGAGGUGGGUGAUGGGGCACCUCAGGCCCUGCCCUGCCCCGAGCGCUCAAGCCUCUCGUCUCUCCGCAACCUGUGGCUCCAGAGCACCGGGGCCACGUCAGCCCCUGCUCUGGGCUACCCUGCAGCACCUGACUCUGCCUCUUCCUCGACAUAA